AUGAAUCCAAACCGUCGCAACAACCGCCGCCCCUCCACGCCGGGAGAGUCAUCCAGCAGCCGCCAAGGCUCUUCCGACGGCUUUGUCCCGCGCCGAAAUGCAGGACCCGGGUACAUGACUGUCGGCGGCGGUAGCACAACCAGCGAUGCCGCUGCCCGCCUGGUGUCUAUGCUGGACGAAGACUCUGGCUAUGGCGGCAGUGUGCAGGAUGGCGAAGGCUCUGGCAUGAAUUGGCGCUCCAACAUUGGCGAAGACCGCCCCUCGCCUGUACCCAUACUCUCCGCGGGCUCAUCAAAUGCUGAGCACGAGAAGCAGCGCAGCCACGUCCUUCAACUGCGAUACAACCAGAACAAAAAUGCCCUCGGCCGCGCAAUUCACGGCACAAUUGAGGCCUUGAAAAGUUUCCAAGAAAUGAAUUUGAAAUGGCCCGCACACUACCCUUCUAUUCAAGCAGCAGAGAAGCAAAAAUCACAUCUUCGCAGCGACUCGCGGCCCGGACUACACCACACUCAGUCCGCAAUGGGUGACUUCGAUCCCGUUUCCCGCUCCCCUGAACGACCCCGCGGACCACGACGAGCCGGUACCACGAUCGGAGACGACGCAGAGUCCAGUUCAGCCGUCGAACACAAGCGAAAGGACGAGCCUCGACUAGUGACACCUCAACUCGCCCACGACUUCUCUGUCCUGAAGUUGGAAUUGCGCAUGGGUAGCCGGACACAGACAGAUUUGGUCCAUUCGCUCGAAAAGAACUCCGUCGCCUCUCUCCUAGACGGUCAAAUCCAGCAAAGCAUACGCCACUUGUUCCUCCUCAAGGAGCGUAUCGAAGACACCUCAAGUAAGGUCCUGGUGACCGGAGACUUGAACGCUGGAAAGUCUACAUUCUGUAACGCCCUGCUCCGUCGCAAGGUUCUUCCCGAAGACCAACAGCCUUGCACGAGCAUAUUUUGCGAGGUUCUUGACUUUAGAGAGAAUGGCGGGGUUGAGGAAGUUCAUGCCAUUCCCAUUGGAUCGACCUACAACCGCAACGACGAGAGCACAUACAUUGUCUUUGAUCUGAAGGACCUUGAAAAGAUUGUAAUCGACAACGAUCAUUUCUCACAAUGCAAGAUUUACGUCAAAGACAUCCGCGAUGUAGACGAAUCUCUGCUGAACAAUGGUGUGGUCGACAUUGCCCUUAUUGACGCACCUGGACUCAACGCCGAUUCCAUCAAGACUACGGCUGUUUUUGCCCGCCAAGAAGAGAUUGACGUAGUUGUCUUUGUUGUUUCAGCCGCCAACCACUUUACAGAAUCAGCGAAAAACUUUAUCUUCACGGCAGCCCGCGAGAAAGCUUACAUGUUUAUGGUAGUGAACGGCUUCGAUACAAUCAGGGAUCAGAGACGCUGCCAGGAAAUGAUUUUGAAGCAGGUCAACAGCCUCAGCCCGGCAACUUUCAAAGAAUCCAGCGAACUAGUGCACUUUGUUUCGAGCAACGCAAUUCCUAUGGGUGCCGGCGGAAGCCCUCCAGAUGAUGAUGAUGAUGACCCAUCUGGCAAGGGCAAGGGCAAAGAAGCAGAGAAGCAGCGGGAUUUUGCAGACCUCGAGGCUUCACUAAGACGCUUUGUGCUGGAGAAGAGGGCCAGAUCAAAGCUAGCGCCAGCAAAGACUUACCUACUCAACGUAUUAGGAGACAUGCACAACUUGGCAACUAUCAACCGCGAUGUUUCCCAGAACGAACUGGACCGUAUCAAGAAAGAGAUUGAGGCGCUUGAGCCAGAGUUUGAAGAAUCAAAGAAGUCCCGAACAGAAGCUGGGGAAGCAGUGGACCGUAUGGUGGAGGACACGACCUCGGAAGUCUACGGCCACACUCGCGACACUCUCAACGACUGCAUUGCCAAGGUGGCCGAGCUGGACUUGGGCAUCGAAUACCCAGGACUCUUUUCAGCCUAUCAGUAUGCUGAAGACAUUCGCGAUUCCAUGUUGCACGAGGUCACUGAAAGCGUCCGCCUGUGUGAAGAGUAUGCGCGAAACCAGGCUGUACAGGGCUACAAUGGCAUCAAGAACCUAGGUGUCUUGCAUCUUGGCAACAACCUGUAUGCGGAUGUCAUGUUCCGCCCAGAGCGAAUGUUCAGGAAGUCCGUGCACGCUCUAGCUAGACAAGUCGACAUUGACAUUGACUUAUGGGACUUUUUCGAUGUCGCAAGUCUUUGGGAGCGACAAGAGAAGGCCGCAGGUGCUGGUAUGGCUAUGACAGUUGCAGGUCUAGUAGGAGGCAGGCUAGUCGGUGGUGUUGGCUGGGUGGAUGGCGCUCUCGGUGCUGCCAAGAUCAUGGGCACGGCCAAUAUGAGGAGACUACUGAUCCCAGGUCUCAUCGCUGGUGUUGCUCUCGGAAUAUCCUAUGUUCUUGCAUCAGUACCCAAGUCGCUUCCUCAUCGACUCAGCGCUAAACUGUCUCAGCAGCUGACGGCAAUCGACUACACCCACUCAAAUGCUCUUCGCAUCAGCUCCGAGGUCCGACGCGCACUGAAAGGUCCCGCCAACGACGUUCGGAUUGGUCUGCAGAGGAAUGUCGAAAAGCUUCAACUUCAAAAGGAGGAGACGACCAAGAUCAAGGCUGAGACCGAAGUAGCUCGCAAAUACUUUGGCAACCUGGUCCGCAGCAGUAACGAUUUGCGCCAGACCGUGCAACGAGUUGACCUUGAGGCUGCAGCACCUGUCAUUGCUGGCCCGACGCAAAGAGACCCGCGGUCUUUUCUUUUCUUCAUAAUUCUCCUGCUGCUCAUCAACUCGCCUGAACCGCAGCAGCCCACGUUCAAUGCGCGCACGCGAUUCCGGGAACUUAUUGAUCGCGAAUAUUACCAGCUGGACCUGUUGAAUCGAACGCGAUAUGGCGAUUUCGAUGCGAAGAAUAACAAGUGGUUGAACAUCAGCGGGCUGCGAGAAGAAGAUGGCUUUGCAUGGGAACUGCUGGACCCUGUGAGGCAAAAGGCCAAGGCGCAGUCGGAGCAGAUACUCAGGGAACCAUGGAAGAGGAUGCUGGAUGGUCCACUCGAACAGGGAGAGCGUAUGAUGCCCGUGUACAAGAACCUCUCUGGCUAUGUGCAAGGCGAAUGGACACGGUCGGCCCUCAGUCGCAUCCGACACCCCGGUGAUAUGGGCAACUCCUCGUCAAACCCGGACAACCCGUUUGGAAACAUAGUUGACUUUGACCGGAAUAUAACGGGAGCAGGAGGACCGGUGCGGCUGCAUAUCACAGAGCUCGAAGACAAGAUGCGGAGAAACGAGAACCAGACCAUAUCGGAGAUUAGCGCAAAAGUAAUCAUCGGUGACCGGGACAGCUUUGGGGGCAACUGGUGGGAGUUUGUAGUCCAUGGCGUCCACUUCCUGAAGAGCGGCACCGCUGUGUUGACUACGACCAGCGAUCGAUUUGCGGGGAUCUUCGCCCUACCCCAUAUGCAGAUUUCGCCGUAUCUGUACGACACGUCGCAGGAAUUUCUCAACUGGACCAUACACGAAGUGAUUGAGCGGCAAGAGAAACGUACGUUUAUCUUGUGGAAUCCGUGGACAUCUGCGGUAGAUGGAGCCAACGAAGGCUUGUUCCAGGGUCGUCACUGUGAGUUUGUGUUUUAUCUUCAAGAGUUUCCGAGCCCGUAUAAUAUCGACAUGGACUGGCUGGAGCAUGAGCUACGAUAUCCCACGGGAGCUCCGAUUCCGCGGCAGAUGUCACACACCAUGUCUAUGGUAGGCUUCUCUCCGGACUGCGGGCUUGUGAUUGAGUCAAAGGGUCCUCCAGACUUUCCGCCCUCGGAAACAAUGCAUUUGGUGGGCUCGAAAACAGAGAUUUUCAAUUCACGGGCUCGACAGAGUGUCAUUGCAUUUGCCAUUAGCUUGGCAUUCCAACUCUGGUUUACUAUGAAGCAGAUGAAGGAGACUGCAACGCCAUCGAUGCGUAGCAGGGUCAGCUUCUAUACCAUUGCCAUGAUGGCUGUGGGUGAUGGGUUCACAUUCUUAAUCCUCAUCUUUAUGUAUCUUUUCCUGGGCACUGCACAGCUGGCGCUUUAUAGCAUAGCAUUCAUAGCGCUCUUCUCAGUGCUCACGCAUCUCCGGUUCCUAAUGGAUAUCUGGUCUGUUCAGGCCGCAGAGAGAGCCCGCCAGGAGCGGCAGCAGGCAUCGGCAGCUGCAAAUUCAACGCCACCAGCGCCAUCUCGUACCGCCACACCAGCAGCGCCUUCCGAAGAGGGAUUGCCAUUACCAGCCACUGCAGCGCGACCACGACCACCUACGCCCAUUAUCAUCGCACCAGACCAGGAUGAUCCUGACGAGGAUGUUGAUACUGGUCCAAACAACAAUACAACUACUACCAAUGCGAAUGCGAAUCCCAGAGCUGAGCUAGGCACACUGUACAGUCGCUUUUGCCUAAUGCUGAUAGUGCUCUUCUUUGUCACUAUCCAGUUUGCCGCGGCGCGCACGACGUACCGUACUAUCUACUUUGACGUCGUUUCAUUUUUGUACCUUUCCUUCUGGGUACCUCAGAUUUAUCGAAACACGAUGCGGAACUGUCGACGAGCACUGCGGUGGGACUAUGUUGUGGGGAUCAGUGUUGCUCGGAUUGCGCCCGUCAGUUAUUUCUAUAUGAAGGAUGACAACGUGCUGUUUGCGCAGACAGACUGGAGGGCCAUGGGGGUGUUAGUGGGUUGGGUGUGGGUGCAGGUGGUGAUGCUGGUAAGCCAGGAGGUGCUCGGACCAAGGUUCUUUGUCCGAGACGGAUGGGCCCCGCCGGCGUAUGACUACCACCCGAUCCUCCGUGAGGACGAGGAAGGUGCGACGAUGCCGCUGAACAUGACGACGUCGAGUGAGUCUGCGACGGCGCUGGAUGCAUCGUCGUCUGGGACUUGUGCAGAGGGAGAGUCGGCCAAGGCAUCAGGCGAGUCGAGGUCCAAGGGCAAGAAGGUGUUUGACUGCAGUAUCUGCGCCAACGACAUUGAAGUGCCCGUGGUACCCGCAGGGGCAGAUGAGAACAGUGCGACGGGCACGAGCAUGCUGCUGCAACGACGACAGUACAUGGUGACGCCGUGUCGACAUAUCUUCCACACUGGCUGUCUCGAAGGAUGGAUGCGAUAUCGGCUCAUGUGCCCCAACUGCAGAGAGAGUCUGCCGCCUCUAUAG